AUGGAUAGUGCGAGUAGGAACGGGUCGCAUACCAACCACGACAGAGAUCGACAGUUCAAUGGUUCCAAUGGUGAAGCAAAGGCUUCCGAGAAGGGACGAGAUAAAAGUCAGGCACGAUCCGAGCCUCAACAGAGUAUGACGCCGAUCAGUCCAGCGGUUCGUAAUGGGAUAAAUGGCAACUCUACGGAUGGCCCAGCGCACCAACAGAACUCCGGAGGGGAACCAAUUCCAAAGGACAUUCUCGAUCGUAUACACGACCUUCCACCUGAAGUCGAACAUAUCACAUCGAACUUCUUACCUCUAACAGAACUGCUGAAUCGAUUAGCACAAUCUACGCAUAACGACUUGAGGCAGGAGAUCAUGAAGUUGGCGAAUAUGCCAAUACCCCAGUCAGCGAUCAAUACGAGCUCGCCCCAUAUCACCAAAGAAGAUGAUACCUCCAACGAUAAUGUGAACAAGAAGGUAAGCUUGCUCAAUUUUGCCCAAACUCAACAUAGUCGUUGGGUCAAGCAACUGGUUCUACUAAAUUGGAGUCGAAACGCCGAAGAAGUGAGCAAAAUCAUCGACUUGAACAUCCAUUUAUGCCAGAAACGAGGAUUAUACCAGUAUAUCCUACACCAUAUGAGUGAAGUCAAAAGGAAGCUAUGCGACGUUGAUUCACCUAGGCCCGAUUUAAAAACUGCAGUAGAAGUUUUGUCAACUGGGAAAGCCAAUUGGAUGCCAGACGUAAGUCUCUUUGCUCAGGUUUUGGGAUUAUUCCUAACAUUUACUAGCUGGAUACAUUGCGCCGCCUCCAAUGAGUCCCAAAGAGAUACUCAAAUCCCUGGAAAAACUCAAUACUUUACUAUCCAUCCGUUUGAAUCUACACGAGUACGACAACAUCCCCUUACAAUUUAA